AUGUUUUCUGCCCGUAGGAGUCAGGAUCUUCGUGCUUGCCAUUAUAUAUGCCCUGAUGGGUUGUCCCCUUUCAUAUGUAUUGUGCUGGUUUUUCUCGUUCUAUUUGCUUUACAUUGGUUUGUGCAUUCUUGCUGCAAUUGCCCCCAUCCAAUUGUCUUCCAUGGGAGAUCAUUAACGGGUAUCCCUGCAGCUAUUGAUUUGUUCUCUGACCAUGUUUUGGUUGGGAUCUUUUACCUGGUUGGAUUCGCGUUAUUUUGCUUAGAGACACUGUUGAGCUUAUGGGUACUUCAGAAAGUACCUCCCAUAUCCCCUGGAUACCCAUUGGCUGCACUUGAUAUGGUUCUACAAAAUAAGGCAGUAUUUGGAAUGAAGAUGAACGACCUGCAUACCAAUGAUCCGACUUAUCCAGAUUACGUCCUACUUAGUUACCCUCAUGAAUUCUCAAUUCACGGCGUACGGGAUCCCACAAAAUCCGGUAACCAGCUCAACUAUGGGAUCUCUGGGAUCCCUCAUUGGCGUCAAGUGGCGGACUUUAGGAAGGAGGUGCAAAAAUGGGGUCCCGCAUUCGUGGCGAAGCUGAAACUCUAUUGGCCAGAUCUGAGGCCGCCACGCAGGAGGAAACUGUGGUCCUUUUGGAAGAGUCAAUACGACAAGCAUAUUGCUCAUCCACAGACUGGCCUUGAGGUCCUUGAUUUUUUCAGACUGGCCGUCCGCAUGUUCGAACAACUUGAAACUCCAUAUCUCGCCAUACCGCGAGGCAUCUCGUUAGAUGUGUCUGAUUUUCUUAACGGUUACUUGAACCCGGCUGGACACCCGCCUGGACUUUAUAGAAAGGUUUUUGUGCCCGUUGGUGAUUUCUGUUAUCACUCGGUCUUUCUUAAGCACUUUGAAAUGAGUAUAUUCCUCUUGUCCAUUUAG